CGGGCCGGAGCGGAGGCUUUGCUGUGGCAGCUGCUGGAGCGGCGGCCGCCUCGGGAGCCGGAGGAGAGGCAGCCGCGGAGCGCCGAGCUGGCCUCGCCCCGAGGCCCGGCCCUGGGUGUGGGGAACCGCGCUGAGGAGCUGGAAACUUUCCCGGCAGGAGCUGACUACUGGGCAGGAACGUCUUUCAGGAGAAAAAGAGUGGAAGAGAAAAUUGCGAACUAAGGCCACCUGCCCCCUGUUCCUGGUGCAUGCGAAGUUAUCAAAAAUAGAAACAAGUGUUGAAAAUGUUAAAGGCUGUGCUGAAGAAGAGCCGAGAGGGAGGAAAGGGAGGCAAGAAGGAAGCAGGAGGUGACUUUGGUCCAGAGACUUCUCCAGUCCUGCCCCUUGACCCCGGUGCUGACUCUCCUGUGAGCAGUCUUCCCGCAGCAGAGGACACCUAUAGGGUGAGCUUGGCCAAAGGUGUCUCGAUGUCUCUGCCUUCCUCACCUUUGCUGCCUCGACAGUCUCACUUGGUGCAAUCAAGAGCAAACAAAAAAUCCCCAGGUCCCGUCAGGAAGCCCAAGUAUGUGGAAAGCCCCAGAGUGCCUGGAGAUGCAGUUAUAAUGCCAUUCAGAGAAGUACCCAAGCCAACAGAGCCUGAUGAGCAUGAAGCAAAGGCCGAUAAUGAACCGAGCUGUUCGCCGGCAGCUCAAGAACUGUUGACAAGGCUGGGAUUUUUACUGGGAGAAGGGAUCCCAAGUGCCACACACAUAACCAUUGAAGACAAAAAUGAAACCAUGUGCACAGCUCUGAGUCAAGGCAUCAGUCCUUGCUCCACACUAACAAGCAGCACCGCAUCUCCUAGCACCGAUAGCCCCUGCUCAACCUUGAAUAGCUGUGUCAGCAAGACGGCAGCCAACAAAAGUCCCUGUGAGACCAUUAGCAGCCCUAGUUCCACCCUGGAAAGCAAGGACAGUGGAAUUAUAGCCACAAUUACAAGUUCAUCCGAAAAUGAUGACCGGAGUGGCUCCAGUUUGGAAUGGAAUAAAGACGGAAGCCUAAGAUUAGGGGUUCAGAAGGGAGUGCUUCAUGACCGCAGGGCAGAUAACUGCUCCCCAGUGGCAGAAGAGGAGACCACCGGGUCAGCAGAGAGCACGCUGCCCAAAGCAGAAUCCUCAGCUGGAGAUGGUCCAGUCCCUUAUUCUCAGGGCACCAGCUCACUAAUAAUGCCACGGCCCAACUCAGUUGCAGCAACAAGCUCAACCAAAUUGGAAGAUCUGAGUUAUUUAGACGGGCAGAGAAAUGCUCCUCUACGGACGUCAAUUAGAUUACCAUGGCACAAUACGGCCGGAGGUAGGGCACAGGAAGUUAAAGCACGAUUUGCUCCCUACAAGCCACAAGACAUUUUGUUGAAACCCUUGUUGUUUGAAGUACCAAGCAUAACAACAGACUCUGUGUUUGUGGGAAGGGAUUGGCUGUUUCACCAGAUAGAAGAAAACUUGAGGAACACAGAACUGGCAGAAAACAGAGGCGCGGUGGUGGUUGGCAAUGUGGGAUUUGGGAAGACGGCAAUCAUUUCCAAGUUGGUGGCCCUGAGCUGCCACGGAAGCCGCAUGAGGCAGAUUGCUUCCAACAGCCCGGGUUCAUCACCUAAAACCUCUGACCCCACUCAGGAUCUUCCUUUCACGCCGUUGCUUUCACCGAGUUCUUCCACAAAAGCUUCCAGCACAGCUAAAACACCUCUUGGGUCUGUCAGUGCUGAAAACCAGAGACCAAGAGAGGAUGCAGUGAAAUAUCUUGCUUCUAAGGUGGUGGCCUACCACUACUGCCAGGCUGACAACACGUACACUUGCCUGGUGCCCGAGUUUGUGCACAGCAUCGCAGCUUUGCUCUGCCGGUCCCAUCAGCUGGCCGCCUACAGAGACCUUCUGAUAAAGGAGCCCCAACUACAGAGCAUGCUGAGCCUCCGAUCCUGUGUGCAGGACCCAGUGGCAGCAUUCAAGAGGGGAGUGCUGGAGCCACUCACAAACCUGAGAAAUGAGCAGAAAAUUCCUGAAGAAGAAUACAUUAUUUUGAUAGAUGGCUUAAAUGAAGCUGAGUUUCAUAAACCUGAUUAUGGAGACACGCUUUCUUCAUUUAUUACCAAAAUUAUUUCUAAAUUUCCUGCCUGGUUGAAGUUGAUUGUGACUGUAAGAGCAAAUUUUCAGGAAAUCAUAAGUGCGCUGCCGUUUGUCAAGCUUUCCUUAGAUGACUUCCCAGACAACAAAGACAUCCACAGUGACCUGCACGCCUACGUCCAGCACAGGGUGCACAGCAGCCAGGACAUCCUCAGCAACAUCUCCCUGAAUGGCAAGGCUGAUGCCGCGCUCAUUGGAAAAGUGAGCAGCCACCUGGUGCUGCGGAGCCUCGGCUCCUACCUGUACCUCAAGCUCACCCUGGACCUCUUCCAGAGGGGCCACUUAGUCAUUAAGAGUGCCAGCUACAAAGUGGUGCCCGUGUCUCUCUCUGAGCUCUAUUUGCUUCAGUGCAAUAUGAAGUUCAUGACCCAGUCCGCCUUUGAGAGGGCACUUCCGAUUCUCAACGUGGCCCUUGCAUCUCUCCACCCCAUGACAGACGAGCAGAUCUUUCAGGCUAUUAAUGCCGGCCACAUCCAGGGGGAGCAGGGAUGGGAAGACUUUCAGCAGAGGAUGGACGCCCUCUCCUGCUUCCUCAUUAAGAGGCGAGACAAAACCCGAAUGUUCUGCCACCCGUCCUUCAGGGAGUGGCUUGUUUGGAGAGCAGACGGGGAAAACACGGCCUUCCUGUGUGAGCCCAGGAACGGGCACGCGCUCCUGGCAUUCAUGUUCUCGCGUCAGGAGGGCAAGUUGAACCGCCAGCAGACCAUGGAGCUCGGCCACCACAUCCUGAAGGCGCACAUUUUCAAGGGCCUCAGUAAGAAGACGGGAAUUUCUUCAAGCCAUCUCCAAGCCCUGUGGAUCGGCUACAGCACCGAGGGGCUGUCCGCCGCCCUGGCCUCUCUCAGGAAUCUCUAUACUCCCAACGUGAAGGUGAGCCGUCUCCUGAUUUUGGGAGGGGCCAACAUGAACUACAGGACAGAAGUGUUAAAUAAUGCCCCAAUCCUGUGCGUCCAGUCUCACCUUGGCCACGAGGAAGUUGUCACUCUGCUCCUGGAAUUUGGUGCCUGCCUGGACGGAACAUCGGAGAACGGCAUGACUGCCCUCUGUUAUGCAGCAGCUGCUGGCCACAUGAAGCUGGUGUGUCUGCUGACCAAGAAGGGAGCGAGGGUGGACCACUUGGAUAAGAAGGGCCAGUGUGCGCUUGUCCACAGUGCCCUACGGGGCCACGGUGACAUUCUCCAGUACCUGCUGACCUGUGAGUGGUCGCCAGGUCCUCCCCAGCCAGGCGCCCUGAGGAAGAGCCACGCCCUGCAGCAGGCACUGACCGCGGCCGCCAGCAUGGGCCACAGCUCGGUGGUCCAGUGCUUGCUGGGGAUGGAGAAGGAACAUGAAGUAGAAGUCAAUGGCACCGACACAUUAUGGGGAGAAACAGCCCUGACUGCCGCCGCAGGAAGAGGGAAGCUGGAGGUCUGUGAGCUGCUGCUGGGGCGUGGAGCUGCUGUGUCACGGACAAACAGGAGAGGGGUUCCACCUUUGUUUUGUGCAGCACGCCAGGGGCAUUGGCAGAUUGUUAGACUGCUGUUGGAACGCGGCUGUGAUGUGAACCUAAGUGACAAGCAAGGCCGGACGCCCCUCAUGGUGGCUGCUUGUGAAGGGCACUUGAGCACCGUGGAAUUCCUCCUUUCAAAAGGUGCAGCCCUAUCUUCUCUAGACAAAGAGGGUCUGUCAGCAUUAAGCUGGGCUUGUCUGAAAGGUCACAGGGCAGUGGUCCAGUAUCUGGUUGAAGAAGGAGCUGCGAUAGACCAGACGGACAAGAAUGGCCGCACACCCUUGGACCUGGCCGCCUUCUAUGGCGAUGCUGAGACUGUGCUGUACCUGGUGGAGAAGGGAGCCGUGAUCGAGCAUGUGGACCACAGCGGGAUGCGGCCCUUGGACAGAGCCAUCGGCUGCCGGAACACAUCUGUAGUGGUGGCGCUACUCAGAAAGGGAGCCAAAUUAGGAAAUGCUGCUUGGGCGAUGGCCACUUCCAAACCUGAUAUCUUGAUUAUACUUUUACAGAAAUUAAUGGAGGAAGGAAAUGUGAUGUACAAAAAAGGGAAGAUGAAAGAGGCAGCCCAGAGGUACCAGUAUGCCUUAAGAAAGUUCCCUCGAGAAGGAUUCGGAGAGGACAUGAGACCCUUCAAUGAAUUAAGGGUUUCCCUCUAUCUCAAUUUGUCGCGAUGCCGAAGAAAAACAAACGACUUUGGCAUGGCAGAGGAAUUUGCUUCCAAGGCUCUCGAAUUGAAGCCCAAGUCCUAUGAAGCCUUUUAUGCCAGAGCAAGAGCGAAGAGAAAUAGCAGGCAAUUCGUGGCAGCUCUGGCUGACCUGCAAGAGGCUGUGCAACUCUGUCCCACCAAUCAGGAAAUCAAGAGGCUUCUGGCCCGCGUAGAAGAGGAGUGCAAACAACUCCAGAGGAGUCAACAGCAAAAACAGCAGGGCCCGCCACCAGCUACACCCAACGACUCCGAGAACGAAGAGGACACCCCAACCCCUGGCUUAAGUGACCACUUUCACUCUGAGGAGACUGAAGAGGAAGAAACUUCUCCCCAGGAAGAAUCUGUUUCCCCAACUCCCAGGUCCCAGCCAUCCUCAUCUGUCCCUUCCCCAUACAUCCGAAACCUUCAAGAAGGGUUACAGUCCAAAGGAAGGCCGGUAUCGCCACAGAGCAGGGCAGGAAUCGGCAAGCCCCUGAGAGAGCCUGUGGCCCAGCCAGGGCUGGUCCUGCAGCCCUCCAAGCAGGCCCAGAUCGUGAAAACCAGCCAGCACCUGGGCUCUGGCCAGUCGGCAGUGAGAAAUGGCAGCAUGAAAGUUCAGAUCUCUUCUCAGAACCCUCCUCCAAGUCCCAUGCCAGGGAGAAUCGCUGCCGCUCCUGCUGGGAGCAGAACCCAGCAUUUAGAGGGAACAGGUACUUUCACUACAAGAGCUGGUUGUGGCCACUUUGGGGAUCGGCUGGGCCCCAGCCAGAAUGUCCGCCUGCAGUGCGGUGAGAGUGGCCCUGCACACCCUUUGCCAAGUAAGACAAAAACCACAGAGAGGCUUCUGUCUCAUUCCUCCGUGGCUGUGGACGCAGCCCCUCCAAACCAAGGUGGGCUGGCGACCUGCAGCGACGUGCGACACCCAGCUUCCCUCACCAGCUCAGGCUCUUCUGGUUCUCCAUCCAGCAGCAUAAAGAUGUCAAGUUCAACCAGUAGUUUGACUUCGAGCAGCAGUUUUUCAGAUGGCUUCAAAGUCCAAGGACCAGAUACUCGAAUUAAAGACAAGGUUGUAACCCACGUUCAGAGCGGUACAGCUGAGCACAGACCCCGCAACACGCCGUUCAUGGGCAUCAUGGAUAAGACUGCGAGGUUCCAACAGCAGAGCCAUCCUCCAAGCCGCACCUGGCACUGUCCGGCGCCAGAGGGGCUGCUGACAAACACGUCUUCUGCAGCUGGCCUGCAAUCUGCUAACACUGAGAAGCCCUCUCUCAUGCAAGUGGGAGGAUAUAAUAACCAAGCCAAAACCUGUUCCGUUUCUACCCUGAGUGCAAGUGUCCACAAUGGGGCACAGGUGAAGGAGCUAGAAGAAAACAAGUGCCAAAUUCCAGUCCACUCUCAAGAGAACAGGAUAACUAAGACUGUUUCUCAUCUGUACCAGGAAAGUAUCUCCAAACAGCAGCCUCAUAUCAGUAAUGAAGCCCACAGGAGCCACCUCACUGUAGCCAAACCAAAGCGAUCAUUUAUAGAGUCAAAUGUGUGAGCCUUAAGAAAGCCCCAUUUGUGGAAUUUGGAAACGUGUGUUGACUCCUGGUGGUAAAUUAAAUAGUUUUUUCAUCAGAAAAAUUAUUUUUUAGCCAUUUUUUUUUCCUUUGGGGUGGAUCUGAUGCCAAUGAUAUAUCUAAAAUGUGGGAUAAAACUUCUUUAAUAGCUAGAAAUCACCAUAAAUAAGAAUGCCAAACAGAAUUGAAAAUUAUAUCAACUUAAAAUUUUAAGACAGCCCAGAAGACAUUAACUAAUGACUUUCACUUAUGAAAUUGGCUUUUGCCACUUUCCUCCUUGCCUUUGCUAUGUGGUAAAAUCACAGAACUUAGAGAAUAAAUAUGUUGUUCAAGAGUGACAGGUUUAACCCAUGACCAAGGUGAUGUACAUCCAAGAGAUGUAUUCUGGAAAUGAUGGAAUUUUACAGUUACAGUUCCAUUGAGUCAAAUCCCAUUUUAUAUAUACAUAAAAAUUAAGUUCUGAGUGAGUUCUAGCUAAAUAUAAGUGUGACUGUAAACGCAGCCAAUUUUUUUAAGCAAAAUAUGAGAACACCUAAGUAUUGUUUCCUUCAUAGCAGUUCCUAUAAAGGGAUUAAACACUUAUUUCUGUGUUAUGGUUCUUAUUCAUAUAUUUUUAUAGCACCUUUUUUUGGAACCUAUAUUUGUGCUUGAAGGUGUUUUUGAUAUUUGGAAACAGUAUAAGCCAUUUGGAAUCAUGAUUGGUGGUCAAGUGGAUUCAAACUAAAAUACUAAGACCAGCAUUCUUAGUGGCGCUUAUAAAUUAGCUCUCACCUGGUUUCCAAACUGCUUUUAACAAUGGUAGUGCUCCUGGAACAAUCCUUCCAAGCUCCUCUAAGGACAAUAUUUAAUUCAGAUACUAAAGGUAGGACUGGUUGUUACUUUUGUUGUACAAUUAGUACUUUAUAGUCACAUGUUGUAUAUAUUAAAUAGCCCAGUUUUAUUCAGACUUGUAAAUAGAACUAUUUCAAUGUAGUUAAUCUAAAAACAAAAAAGAAAACCCCAGUCAUGAUUUGCAUGUUCUCUGUAAGCUUCAUCCAUGCGGGUUAUUGCACUGAAUGAUAUAUUAUUAUGGCAUGUUAACAGUAUACCAGUAACAGCACUUUAUCUCAUUUAUAUGAACACCUUUGAGGUGCUACUUAAAUCCAAGCAGAUGUAUUAUUCAUUUGUAAAGAUAAGGUACAGGAAUGAACCUUGGUUUAAAGGUAUUUUUAUAUGAAAAUGGUGUGUUAUUGGAAGAUGUUAAAAUGCUAAUUUGAGAGAAGUAGGAGUGUAUUUGUUUUAUAUGUUGGGAUGUGAAAUUUAUUUUCUAAAAUUGAGGGGAAGGAAGUUAGUUAUAUAUUUGCAGAAUGUUUUAAAAUGAAUCGUUGUAAUGAAGUUCCUGUGAACAUCGUUAUGGUUUUGUACAAAUAGGAACCUCUGAUGUCAUUCUUCAACGUUUGUUCCUGUGUGUACAAUUGUACUUUGUAUGAACAGCUUUUUUAUAGGCUUUCCAUGAGUUUUGCUGUAACUACUAUGGCUUAUUUAUUUUCUUUAAUAUUUGUGAAAGUCUUACUCCUUUGUUAGUUUUGUUUCUGCACAACUACUGUACUUUUCCAUAUGGAAUAAAGACUAUUAAUAGAAUGUGUUUUGCACUAAAUGAGUCAAUGGAUAAGUAGAGAACAGCCUGAUGACAGCUAUCUCUGUUGCUUUUAAUCUUUCUUUGUUAGUUACCCUAGAGGGAAUAGUGAAAAGCAUAUUUUAUAUUAACACUAUAAAAUGCAUAUUUAAUUUUAUCUUAUAAUUUCAGAAUAAGGGUGACAGCCGCUAGAAAUUCCACAAUACUCAAGGGCCAAAUUAGUCUUUUUGCCUCAAAUAGAAAGCAUGCAGGAAAGCAAUAUAUACUUCCUAUCUGUUUCAAGACAUCUUGGUGUCUGCUUUUACUGGCAACGGGACAUCUUUACUACUGUAAUUCUCAAACACUUUGGCAAUACACUGAACACUGUUAUGACAGUUUGUUCUUUAACAGAUUUGUAUUUAUUAUCUUUCAGUUAAAAGUAUGUUUGUCUUUAUGCCUACAUAUUUCAAAGCAAUAUGAGAGAGAACAUUAAACUGUUGUAUUGUGAUAAAAUUCUUGGAAUCAAUCUUAAACAUCAUAAUUAAUACCUCAGGUUAUUUGGUCACUGCUCUUGCUAGCAAGGAUAAGUAGUUUCAGUCCUUUAGAGCUUUAUAUUUAAUGGAAGUUUAAAAACAAAAAUGGGAUGGGAAGGAAGGUAUCGCCUAAUACAUAAUUCUUGUCAUUAGAUGAUUUUUCCUAUAAAGGAGCUAAUAAUAUUCUCAUAAUUUAUUGUACAUUAUGAUUUUGAUAUAUAAAGAUAAGGUACUUGGCCCAGCCAGGAAGAGGUGAUACAUCCUUAGAAAGCUAAUGGUCAGUCCUGACAGGACUGGGUGGUGGGCAGGUGUUGCUGCUUGACAUUGCCCUGAACUAACAAACAGUGGGGUCUGGCGUGCCCAGCAUGGGGGCUAUGUCGUGUCCCCUCUUACUGAUGGUUUUGGUUUGCCUGUGUGGAAGACAGACAGUUGUUCGGCUUUGGUUUAUGUUUUAUACAAGAAGAGGUGUGUCAAUUAGGUAAAUUACUGGCAUCUUAGUUUUCAGCAGUUUUGUUUUACAAGAAACUAGCCUGGUAAAGUAUAAGAAAGCAAAAUACUGGCUGGGCGUGGUGGCUGACGCCUGUAAUCCUAGCACUUUGGGAGGCCAAGGCGGGUGGAUCACGAGGUCAGGAGAUAGAUAGAAUCCAUCCUGGCCAACAUGAUGAAACCCCGUCUCUACUAAAAAUACAAAAA